AUGGUGCUGGAGAACCUCGGAUAUGGAGACCCGUCUGACGUCAGCGCGGCGACGUACUCUGUCAUCAGCGCGUCGAACCUGUGGUUCUUCAACACCAGCCGGCGCGGCGAGGUGGACGUCAAGCGCUACUGGUCUGGCGUCUACAACUCCCCCGCCAAGAGCGCCUGGCUGCACACCGGCCUCAACAUAUCUACAUGGGAGGUGCACGUCGACGGCAGUGAGUCCCUCACCUACACCAAGUACUUCAGCCCCCUGAUGCUGGCGCAGAACAUAGUGCUCACAGCGCAGCCGGUCGUGUUCCCGAAGCUCCCCAUGCCGGGCUGGUGGGCGGCCACAAGCCGCGCAGGGGGCCCCCACGCGUGCACCCGAGCAGCAGUCGCAGCGCAGCCGCCGGCGCCGCAGGCCGGCCCUCGCCUGCCGUCAUCUCCGCCAUCCUAG